AUGUCUCAGAACAGCAACGAAAGCGUUGAGCGUGCCCCUGCCCAACGCCUCAUGUUUGGAGCCAUGCCCGCCAGCCGCGACCUGCGUAUCGUCGGUAACGGCGUGGAGAUGGACCACAGCCUCCGAGCUCGCAACGUAGGCUUAGAUGUCACCCCCCGCGCUGUCGCCGUGGCCCAGCCUGAUUCGCAUCGCUCCCAAUAUCCUCAUCGUGAAGAAGUCAAGCAACUCCGUGGGCAUACUGGCCUGGAUCCGGCUGCUCAGCAGUUUUUUCCUCGUCCUGUUCAGACUCCUCACGCCGGCACUCCUCUCAAUGGUCGUCGUGACCUCGAUCACAACGCUGCACCUUCUCAACAUGUCAUCAACGGUGGCUACCGAGGCACUGACCCUCGUCGUAUGCCUCGUCCAUACCCGGCUCACGCUCUCUCAACCUCGGCCGAGACCAUUCAAGACCGUAUCGAUCGACUCCUUGGCGUUGAAGCCACUCGCGACCAUACUACCCCUAUGCCACCUACUCUCAAAGGCAACAUGCGCGGUCCUAGGUACGGGGACCUCGUCUCUCACUCGCUCAACCACUCCCCACCUCUCUCAGCCGUGCAUAAGGCUGCACAGGAGCAGGAGAAGAGGGUCAGGAAGAGUGAGAAGAGACGAGAGAAGCGGAUGAAGAGAAGGGAGAAGAGGGGGAAGGAGAAACAGGAUGAUGAGGUCGAGCAGGAGAACGAAGGCAAGGGUGAUGAGGUCAAGGGAGGAUGA